CAAUAUUGCAUUGUUCCCCACAGGCCGCGACCUGUUUAUGACCGGGAUGUGCAUUUCCUCCGAGAUCAUCGUGGUGUCAGAGAAUAUCCGUAGAGCGGAUGUUAGUGGGCCUAACGCCGCAUUACUGUGCCCAAGCCUCUAUCUCAGCCUUGAGGCACGGGCUCGUACGCUUUCGCAGCCUUGCCAGGACAGGAAAUGUAGGCUAGAGAAGACCGGGGAAGAUGCACCUGUUCCUGUAUUAGAGGGAAGUUUGAGCAAGGCUGAGGAGGUGGGAUCGUCGGUCGGGGACCCAACGGGGUCCUUCGGUGUCCUUCGCUGGGUGGACUGGAUAUGAAAGAGCCUUGUAGGCUGCUGAUACCACCAGUGAUGCACAGCAGCUUGGCGAGCCGUCCAACCUUAGCGACCGACAGCCUUGUUCUCGUCUUGUUCUGACCGUUGUCCUAAGGCCACUUCCUGCAUGCAUAUGUUCCAGCUUACAAAUAUCUGCCUGCAAGUGGUCCCGACGAAUCGAUAUUUUCUA